AUGACCCGCCGCCAGCGCAGUACUCGGGCGAGUGUUGCAUCUUCCUCUCGCACCACACUUGAUGAGAGCGCAUCCGGCGAACUGGAAGCAGACCUAGUUUCCGGACUGUCUGUCUCGCACGACUUUACUAAAUUAAUACCCAUACUGAAUGAAAUUGCAAAACCACUUGAAUAUGUGCAGAUUGGAUACCAAUACGCGAUCGAAGUAGGCAGUGACUUGGCAGAAGCAAAGCUGAAUGACGAGGUUGAGGAAAUGGAAACAGUUUUAAAAGAUGUCAUAGAUCUUGAAGCAGCUUUCAAGAUUGAGAAAGACGCUAUUCAGAAAAUCAGAUCCAGACUCCAGUCGAGUGAGGACAUUGGAAACAUAUAUGAUGUGUACGAGAUGGAGACGGAUCAUGCGAGAAAACGAUAUGAUACGCUAUCCAAUGAUCAAAAGUAUGCAGCGAAUGAGGAAUAUACUGCAUUCCGAGAAAAAAUAUGGGAAAUAAUGAACCCAGAUGCUCCAAUGCCAUCAUUCAACCAAAAGGAUGAUGAUUUGGUGAUUGGAGGAGAAAAGAUUUCUCUUCGUUGUCCAAUCACCCAGACUUUGUAUUCUCAGCCGGUAUCGAGCACCAGUUGCAAACACAGUUAUUCAAAGGAUGCCAUACUACAGAUGUUAAGGGCUCAUAACGGAAGUGUUGUAUGUCCUAUUCCCGGGUGUGACAAAAUCGUUGUCGAAGCUGAGUUGAGACCAAACAAAUCGUUGGCAAGAAUGGUUGCUAGGAGGCAACAUGAUAGCGACGAAGAAGAUGAAGAUGAGUACAUGAGCUUAUAA